UUGCCUCAUCCGUGGCCCACGAUGCGUCGACUUCCCUGGACCCUCGGCAGUCUCGUCUUGAUUUUGCUGCUGGCCGUGCACUGGACCCGAGCCCGGUCGCUGCCACUCAACGAUGAUCCUGAAACCGAGGCUGGAAAUGAGGUUCCGAAGAUGACCAAGUAUGGCUGCGUGCUGCUCAUCUUCAAGCAUCCCACCGGACUCCCCGACUGUGUCCAUGAGUUCUUCAAAGAGCCGGACUCACUUAAAAUGAUUUCGGACCUCCGACAAGAACUCACACAGAGCGAGUCCAACGAAGAAGCCGAAAAUGAAGAGGUCGUUGAUGGGCAAGAAGACGUAGAUAACGAUGUCAACGUCCCCUCUAAAAGGGUUGAGGAGAUAGCUGACGUUAAUGAUCAGCUGGGUGAAGAUCUGCGCAUGCUGUCAAGAAACUCCCCACCUGUGAAAGUCGAGAUUAUGGAUACCGAUGCUGAUGUCACUACUGACCAAGACAAUGACGAGGAUGGUGAUGAUGACGAUGAUGGGGAUGAUGAUGGGGAUGAUGGGGAUGUUGGUGAUGUCAAAGAAGAGGAGAAGGACAUCGGAGAAGAAGAGGUCGUUGAUGAUGAUGAUGAAGACGAUGAUGACGACGACGAAGAUGAUGACGACGAGGAUGAUGAUAUUGAAGAGAAACUUUUAAAGCAAGGAGAAGAGUUAGUUGAUGAAGAGGAAGACAAAGAUGACGACGAUGUCGAUGAAGAGGGAGACGGUGAUGGUGUGGCCAAGGAAGUCAUCAAUAACGACGAUGGUGAUGACGAUGACGAGGAUGACGAGGAUGACGAUGACGACGAAGAAGACGUUAACACGACUGAGAAGGAAGUCAUUGGGGAGUUCAAGGACCAGGCGGCUGACGACGACGACGAUGAUGACGACGAUGAUGAUGAAGUUGAUGAAGAUGAUGACAAACAGGGCACCGCAGAUGGUGCUGAAAUCGGGGAUGAUGACGAUGACAACGACGGUGAUGACGAUGGUGAGGAGGCAGCACUGUCACCACAAGAGGUCGAAGAGGAGACAGAAACACUCGUGAGCAAAAUCUACAAUAUGCUGCAGGCGUUUGUCACCCGGGAAAAGGUCAACGAUGGUGACGAUGAUGGCGACGAUGAAACAGAGUUCAAAGAUCCAAAUGAACUCGGCGAGGGAGCUGAAGACAACGAUGACGACGACGAAGAUGAUGAUGACGGUGCAAAUGUCAUCAGCCAGAUCCUCGAGGAAGCUAGCAAGGACGACGAAGACGAUGACGACGAUGAUGGUGAUGAAGAAGAUUUCGUCGCUGCCGAUGGUGAUGAAGGUGAAGUUGAAGAUGUUGACGACGACAACGAGAAUAACGAAAAAGACGAGGAGGAGGAGGAGAAGGAUGAUGAUGCUGGAAUCGGUGUCAAGGAAGAAGAGGAUGCCAAGGACUCUGGCACGGACAUGGAGCAAGAGCUGGAAGAUAUCGGUCAGGCGAGAAACACUGAGGACGCCGCCGCCGAUGAUGACGAAGACGAUGAUGACGAAGAAGAAGAUGACGAUGAUCAGGAUAAGUUAGAGGCAAAGAAGCAAACAAUAACCGAUCUCGAGAAGGAACUGCUGGAGGCCCUCACCAAGACUGAAAACGAUCAGGACGUGGUGGACGAAGAUGACUUCAUCGGGCAGCUGCAGCACGUAGCAGAUAAAUCCAACAGAUAAUGACUGAACAGCGCCACCUCGCGGCCGGAGAUGCACGGCAUCAUGUACACGGAAUUAUUAACAAAACGAUUCAUGACAAAGUCAUCGUAUAACAUAUAAUAUUUCAAGCAUUAUUUUUAAAUGGUUUGAAGACGAUCACUUAUGGUGUUGUUAAAUUGGUUAAAUUCUGCCUGCAAUGAAAAAUGACUGCUUCUAUAUGAGUGAACUAAAAUCGACAUUAUGAUGAUAAUUUAAUGUGCCGGAUGUAAACUUGAAAAUAUGCACAAGAAAUCGCUCUUCACUGCCCUGCAUUAAUAGUGUUAUAACGUCAGUUUCAAUGAUAUAGACAUUGCACGUAAAAACCACUUUAAAGUUCUUUUGAUUAUUUUACAGGCACUGUGGUUAGUAGAGGGAAAUCUGCACGUGACAUAUGAACUGAUAAUUGUUUUCUCUCGAAAUACAUACGAAACUUCAAAACAGUCUAGGAAAGUUAAAAUUAUAUUGUUGUGCAAUGCUAUUAUUUUGUAGUAGGUCCACAAUGUUUGGCACGAUUAUAUUACGUUCAUUGCACACAAUAGAAUUGGUUGUGAAAGAGUUCUCUAAAACUUUUGAUCGGAAGUUUAUGUAAAUAUAUGUCACCGAAUAUUUGAGUGAUUUUAAAAGCACUGUGUGGAGCACAAAUCGAACAUUUUGCACUAUCACUGUAUUCAUCGCAAUAAUGUACAGUACAGUUUUCGUAAUAUUUGUGGAUUGGCAGUGAACAUUUUCCCUUCACCAACCUUUUCUUAUUUUUAUAUUUUCAUAGUGUGUUCUUGAUGUGGGGUCAAUGAACUCGUAGAAUUACCAAUAUACCCUUGUGGCAAUUGAAGUGAAAAUUAAAAGCUAGAAAUUGAAAGAAAAUACCUUGACGAUAUAUGUAUCGUGCUUUUAAAGUCCUCAUAGAUUUGAGAUUGUAUAGAAAAAAAAAUCCCGUAAAAUAAAAAUGAAGAUUUUGGGUUGCUGUAAUGUACAGAAAAUGCCAUUAGAUAUGCCAUGUUUCAUUAAAUUUCAAAAAUAUACAGACAAAAAAAUAAGGUUAAGGCAUUACUCACAUCAUUUUUUAGUUUUCUUUCGUUAAUUGGUGAUAUUAAUUAACCUACUUGAUGAUGUUCUUACUCAGAGUUGUUUUGAGGCUUGCAGUUGAAGCUUUAGUUUAACAAUAAAAGUUAUCUCUGUUGUGUAUAAUUUGUCGUCAUUACUAAGUAUAGGAUAUUAAGAGCAGAAAUUCCUACGUAUUAUAAACGUUCAACUUUAUCAAUUAAUUUUGUGCAACUUAUGAAAUAUAUUGAGAAAUUCAUUCCUAACGAUAUGAUUGAAUAAAAGUUUGAAAAGGUCAUAAUUCUAAAAUCAGGAAACAGGAAUAAUGUUUGUUUUAAAAAUACUGUCGUUCUUGUACCAAAUUAACAAAAACGUAUUUAUUCUAAUUUAGUUGAUAUGGAAGAUUAUUCGAUAAAAUGGAAAAAUGAUAACUUAAGGAUGCAGUAUUCUCUUUCAAAUGACAUUUCGAAAUAUAUUUGUGUUAUUUUUUUGACUUGUGUCCUUUAAAACGGUGUUUUUCAAAAUAUCGCGUUAAAUCAUCAAUUAUUGUCAGAUGUUGUGAAAAGAUAUAUUGGCAAAAUUCGAAUUAAAUAUUUCAAUUUGCGUGUAACUGCCGUAUGA